UCUCCAAAAUCUGACCGAAACUCUUUGGGGUAUUGCAUGGUCUACUGCGUUGCGCGCUUUCUUGCAUUUCUUUUUCGACAGGUUUUUUUGAAUAAUUUCACGACCGACUGAACGGAGAAGUGAAAGAAUAUAAAGCCGUGAGCGGAGCAGCAUAUGAGCACAGUCGAAAGAUUAUUCGAAUUGAAAAGUUGACAUUUUAUCGUGUAUAAUACGCUGGUGGUCAGUUUAAGCCGGUAAAGACUAGUUUAACGCAGGGUUUAAUACCGUGCUGUGUAGAGAAUGGGAGAAAAAUAUUGGAAAGUUAUCGUCGAAACAUGUCGACCGAUGGGUGCUGUAGAGGGCGGUUGAAGGAGGAAGUUGUUGCACUCUGAUGUUGACUGGUACUAUAAUCUCCGAUGUGAUAGUAUAGUCGAAUAGUACAUCAUCCAACAAGAUAUUGUAAAGCUAUCAAGGAUCAAAUACUUGCGAUUAUAAAGACACCAUAGCAAACAGACUCGGGACUGGGCGCGAUAGUGCUGCAGAGUAUAGAUUGAGCUAUUUAACAAGAUAGGCCAGUAAAAGAAGAUUGCGAUGGGAUUGACACAGCACGGACGUGCCUGACGGGCGAUAUAUAAAAAAGGAAUCUUAACGAACCGGCGGCCUAAAUAAUCACGGUCCCGAUGCGUGUGUGUCUAUGUGGAGAUGUUGAGUAAUAUGCCCUGAGCUCUAUAUACUCUCGCUUUAGAGUUAUUGUGUGUUUUUUAGCCAGCAGCAGCAGACAGGGGGAAUAAAAGGCUUUAGUCGCUUUAGUUCAGAUAUUUUGUAUUGGCUGCUGGUGAUUGGCCAGUCCCGCACAGCAGAUGCAAUCGCGUCAACGGAACGAAUUGAGAAGCGGAUCAGACAGCGUGUAAUUGGUCCGGUCAUCUGGUCCGCGGCCAUCGUUCGUUCAAUCUGCCACAGGCUAAAUACGACGGAGAGGCAGACGACAAAACAAAAAAAGGGGAAAAAAGAAAGAAAAAAACAAAUAACCAGAAAUUUGGGGUGGAACCGGUCGACCUUUUGUCCUUAUUCUUCUUCCUAUCCUAGUCGAAGCAGAUGGCGCAGUUAAUCGCGGUUAAUCGCUCCAAUGUUUAUGUUUAAGAUAUUGAUGAAUAACGACCCCAUUUCGGCCCCCCCCCCUCUAUCCCAUUAAAGAGUGGCCCCCUUUUCUAUAUAUAGACUUUAUCUAUACUAUUUCCCCCCAUCAAAACUAUCCCCAAUCACACAGUAGAAGGAUCUCUCUAUCGCAUAUGGAGCAAUCAUUGGCCGCUUCAUUGGGCCAGCACAAUAGGCGUUAUAUACAUACAAGAAAGGCCAGCAGGCAAUAUAGUUGUGUGUGUUGAAAUGGUUUGAGAUGAUGAUGAUGAUGAUAUGUGUGUGCCGCGUCUUGGACACAAAACUUUGGGCCGGCCGGACGACCCGCCCCCCAUCUCUUGUGGUCCCUCGCCGCCGAAAAGUUAUUCAAUCCACGCCAUCCAUAAUAAUAUCUUAUACAAGAGAACCGGCUGCUUUUCUUCCUUUUGAUACAUUCUUCGCUGCUUUUAUUUUUUCUCUUCAUCUUUUGUGUGAUCAAACUGGGGCACCACUUGAUGUGGAUAGCGACGAAAUGUCACUUUGACUUACGACACGCUUCAAUAACCAUUUGAUGUGUACACUCGAUUGGAUUUUUUUUUUUUUAAUUUCAAACCGGGAAAAGCGGUUCCUAUUUUUAUCAAAAAAUAAAGCCGCCGCUGCCGCCUCAUAUUCCGGAAUAAAAAAUUGAUUUUUCCUGAAAUGUGAAAAUGGAUCCGUGCUGUUUGGACGAUUGGCUCCUCUCACCGCUGGCGCACAGUUGACGGCUGAUUGCGCUGUCUGUGUACAUAAUGGUGGCACCAUAGUUUGUGUAUUGUGUGUACAGAGCCGACUAGAAACAUGUUUUUCCUUUCCUUUUUGUUUUUUCCUGACAGUUAAUCGCUUGUCAAUCACAAAUAUCCCCACCCCACUCCACUCAAUCGUGUCAGCGCCUCGUCUGAUUUUUUCGACCGUUUUAUUCAUUUCCUUUUUUUUCUUUUUAUCAAAUUCGUUUCUCUUUUUCUUUAUCGGCGUUGUAUAAUGCACACUCGAGUCACACAAGCAAAAGGUCCUUUUCAGUUGUGAGAGUGUACGAAUUACUUGGCGACUGUUAUCUCGGCAUUGGGUCGUGUUGACUUAGGGCUCAAUCAAUCUCGUUUUUUUAGAGUUAUACUCUCAUUGUGAAUGAUGUGUUAACACCCCCUCGGAUCUGAUGCGAUUCUUUUGUAACCAUUUGUGACUCUACAAACACGACCCGCGGGAUUUUGUUGGUUUUUCUCUCUUCCCGUUAUCGCGUUGGAAAUCGGUCAAGAGUCGUGACUUGGCAAUAAUCACGAAAUAGUUUUCUCUCUCUCUCCAAAUCUCGUUUGUGUUCUCUAUUGGCUUAUUGGAGCAUUUCAAUGCCAACGGCUCUGCGUUGACUGGGCCGCUUUUGAAACGUAUAGCAAUCGGCCGUCUGGUUAUUUUUUGGUUCUGCUGCCGGGACAGAUACUGAUGGCCUUUUCCGUUGAAAAUGUUCCCUUCAGUUUUAUUUUCUUAUCAUCCAACUGUGUGUGUGGUUGCAAGACUAUAGCUCUCUGCAUGCUGAUGUAUUUAUAUAAUUACAAGUUGAAAAUAUGACAAGGACUGGCUGGUAGUUGGUGGUGGCCAUCGAAAUGCGUCGUCGUAAUCGAAGGAGCUUACCCGUGGCAGUAGGCGGCGGCCGAGGAGGGGGGCGAGAUGGCGGGAAAAGGCCACUUCAAACAGGAAAUAUGCGGCCGAUUGAUAACGAUAAUAUCCUGCCAACUCCUCUCUUAUAUUAUAUUAUAUGUACACGCGCUUGGAACAUAUUGUUUUGUAUACACACAUCGGAGAGAGACACAUACGCAUUUCGUGUCAGUGUCGAGUCAGAGAGAAACUGAGGCAACAGGACAUUUGAUCACGGCUAUAAUAACGGCCGCUCUCCGAGUCUAUAGAUUCGUGAACCGGGCCCCAUGAUAUGGCCAGUACUUGACGGAGAUUGUUCGACGUCGCAACCACUUGUCACUCUUGUCUCAAUUAAUUGUUAUUAUUAUUAUUUUUCGGCCCGAGUUGGAUUGAAAGAUGGGCAGUAAAUCGUUUACCAUCGAUCACAUUCUUCACGGCCCUUCGGCUCCUGCUGCUGUCGACCCAUUGAUGACAUCCGUCGGCGACCACUCCACCUAUCCAGAUGUCCAUCCGCAGCCACUUGUUCCUUACUGGACAGGAGAUCCCGCCGCUUAUUAUCCGCCGUCGGGUUGGCCGAACGCUGCGGCCAUUUGGUUCCAGUCUCAGCAGCAACAUCAUCACGCUGCCAUGCCCGUCGAUCUCUCGACAGGAGCUCAACGUCCAGUGCCAACAACUGGGUCGAUUGGUCCGUCGUUAUUCGACAACGUGAGCAAUUGGAUGGCGAUGCCGUCACCGGCGGCGGCCAUGACCGGAUGCUGGCCAAGUGCAGCCAGUCCUGAACUCUCAUAUUCCCACCACGGUUUAUCAACACCAAUGACGUCCGCUUCGGUCGCUUCCCCUUUCUUUCUGGCUCAUCCGCAUUCUCACGAUGCGGCCAUCCGGUUGGCAGCCAUGGCGGCCAGCAGACGUCAUCACCACCACCACCACUUGCCGAUUUUGCAUCAACAAGCGACUCGCAAAGGCGGCCAGAUUCGUUUCACUCACCGCCAAAGUCACCACCUGGAGGAAACGUUCAAUUCCACUCGAUACUUGACGCCCGGCCAAAGGAGGACGCUGGCCAAUCGACUCUCCUUAACCGAACGUCAAGUGAAAACGUGGUUCCAAAAUCGACGGGCCAAAUGGCGACGAACUCGCAAGGGCGAGAAAUUGUCGGCCAACGGAUUAGCCAAAGUCGCAGACAACCAGACGACGAUCGACAUCUUUGACGAAAAAGAAGAAAACGAGGACGACGACGACGACUUGGAGAUUAGCAGCGAAGAAGAAGAAGAGAAGCCGAACAAUCCAAACAAUCAAUAGUCAAUUGGAUUUUCAGGUUCAAAUGUUGACAUCCAACAAGAGUGCAGUGUCUGUGUGUACGUGUGUGUGUUUGUGCUCUCAAGGUGAACGCAACCACUUCAGGCUAAACGGACCCCUGGCACGACUUGGAAGGAAACGAUAAUAAGCGCAUAUUUUUAUUUCUUUCAUUUUUGAAUGCGGCACGUCAAUCUGCAGUCGUCAUUUCACCCUGGACUUGUCUAUACUGGACUUUGUAAGCUUUUUCGGCCAGCAGAAGAGUUAUGGACGCUCAUAUCGACCUGCCGUUGGAACCGAAAAUGGCUUCUGUUGUACCGGCGGACAAGGUGGAAGGGGGGAGAGAAAACCACCACCAGUCAAACUGAUAGAAGACUUAUAGAUGAUGAUGUAAUAACACAAGGGAGAAACUGUUUCUCCCUUUUUUUCCCCCCUCUUAUUUCGGGUUGUCGCCAAAAGCUUUUCCACUCGAAAAUGAGAUGUUUCCUCCCACCCAGUACUCACGCCCCGCCCCUCUUAUCACUCGUUGCAAAGGCUUCCACGUUUAGCCUUUUUUCCCCUUUCCGCGGUGUGUGUACAUACCACCCUGUACAAAUCUAUUUUUUUAACAAAUCAAUUUUUUCAAAUCAUCUGUGAUAAUCAUUCAUCAUUCAAUCAAUAAAUUCUUUGUGUUGAGUCUA